AUGAAGUGUACCGUGCGGGAGUGGUUCAGAGUAACCACAGUGCUCCUCAUGGCCCGAGCGAUUCCAGCCAUGGUGGUUCCUAAUGCCACUUUAUUGGAAAAACUUUUGGAAAAGUACAUGGAUGAGGAUGGUGUGUGGUGGAUAGCCAAGCAAAGAGGGAAAAGGGCCAUCACAGACAAUGACAUGCAGAGUAUCUUGGAUCUUCAUAAUAAGUUGCGAAGUCAGGUAUAUCCUACAGCUUCUAAUAUGGAGUAUAUGACCUGGGAUGUAGAACUGGAACGGUCUGCAGAAUCCUGGGCUGAAACUUGUUUGUGGGAACAUGGACCUGCAAGCUUGCUUCCAUCAAUUGGACAGAAUUUGGGAGCCCACUGGGGAAGAUACAGGCCCCCAACCUUUCAUGUGCAAGCAUGGUACGAUGAAGUCAGAGACUUUAGCUACCCGUAUGAACAUGAGUGUAACCCGUAUUGUCCAUUCAGAUGCUCUGGUCCUGUAUGUACUCAUUAUACACAGGUGGUGUGGGCAACAAGUAGCAGAAUAGGCUGUGCCAUUAAUUUGUGCCAUAACAUGAACAUCUGGGGGCAAAUAUGGCCCAAAGCUAUUUACCUGGUGUGCAAUUAUUCCCCAAAGGGAAAUUGGUGGGGCCAUGCCCCCUACAAACAUGGCCGGCCCUGUUCUGCUUGCCCACCGAGUUUUGGAGGAGGCUGUAGAGAAAAUCUGUGCUACAAAGAAGGAUCAGAUAGUUACUAUCCUCCUCAAGAAGAAGAAACAAAUGAAAUUGAACGGCAGCAGUCACAAGUCCAUGAUACCCACAUCCGGACAGUAGCAGAUGAUAGUAACAGAAACGAAGUCAUAAGCACACAGCAAAUGUCUCAAAUUGUUUCUUGUGAAGUAAGAUUAAGAGAUCAGUGCAAAGGAACAACCUGUAAUAGAUAUGAAUGCCCUGCUGGCUGUUUGGAUAGUAAAGCUAAAGUUAUUGGCAGUGUACAUUAUGAAAUGCAAUCUAGUAUCUGUAGGGCUGCAAUUCAUUACGGGAUAAUAGAUAAUGAUGGUGGUUGGGUGGAUAUCACUAGACAAGGAAGGAAACAUUAUUUCAUCAAAUCCAAUAGAAAUGGUGUUCAAACAGUUGGCAAAUAUCAGUCUGCCAAUUCCUUCACAGUCUCUAAAGUAACAGUUCAGGCUGUCACUUGUGAAACAACUGUGGAACAGCUCUGUCCUUUCCAUAAGCCUGCUUCGCAUUGCCCAAGAGUAUACUGUCCUCGUAACUGUAUGCAGGCAAAUCCACAUUAUGCUCGUGUAAUUGGAACUCGAAUUUAUUCUGAUCUGUCCAGUAUCUGCAGAGCCGCUGUACAUGCUGGCGUGGUUCAGAAUCAGGGGGGUUAUGUUGAUGUGAUGCCUGUGGACAAAAGAAAGACUUACAUUGCUUCUUUUCAGAAUGGAAUCUUCUCAGAAAGCUUACAGAAUCCUCCAGGAGGAAAGGCAUUCAGAGUAUUUGCUGUUGUGUGA